AUGCUUUCUCAGUAUCUUCUCUUCGGUCCACGGGCUUUCCACAUCCUUGAUCCCGAUAAUCUAGAGUCUGUCCUUUCGACCAAUUUUAGUGACUAUGGAUUCGGUUUGCGUUACCAGAUAUUUGCCCCUCUGCUUGGGCACGGCAUUUUCACCCAAGAGGGUGCUGCGUGGAAGCACUCUCGAGAAAUGCUAAGAAAACAAUUCGUCCGCGCACAGUAUCAGAAUCUCAAACAGUUCGAAGAGCACGUAGACAACCUGCUAGCCCGCAUACCCAAGUCUGGCGUGGUUGAUCUACAGCCCUUGUUCUUCAGCCUCACACUAGACACGGCCACGGCGCUGUUGAUGGGGCGCUCGGUUUACAGCCUUCGAGCGGAUAUUGAUCAGGAUGCCGAGAACAGAUUGUUCUCGGAGAGUUUCACCGUGGCUCAAGAAGGACUCGCAAAGCGCUAUCGCAUCGCGCCGUGGCAAUUCUUGUACAACCCUUCUAGAUUUCGUAAGGCCUGCAAGAACGUCCAUCGCUAUGUUGAGCGGUACAUCAAAGAAAGGGAACUGGCCGAUCACAAGGCCGAUGGUGAUGAAUAUGGGUUCAUCGACCAAGUUUCGCAGGAAUCACGCAACACCACUGAGCUUCGGGACCAAAUUUUGAACGUUCUACUGGCUGGGCGAGACACGACCGCGUGCUGCCUUUCGUGGACUUUUUGGCUACUGGUUCGACAUCCGGAAGUUAUGUCCAAGCUCCGGCAGGAGAUCGUGGUGGGCAUGAAAGGCUUCGAAACACCUACCAGAGAAGCGAUCCGUAAAAUGCCGUUCCUUUCCUGUGUCAUCAAAGAGAGUCUGCGACUAUAUCCUCCCGUUCCGCUAAACCAACGGCAGGCUAAGAAGACGACUCUCUUGCCAACUGGCGGCGGACCAGAUGGGAGACACCCGAUACUUGUUCGAGAAGGUGAAAUGGUUGUCUUCUCACAAUACGUCAAUUCCCGCGUCAAAAGCAUCUAUGGACCCAAGGCGAACCAGUUUCGGCCCGAGCGAUGGCAAGGCGGUGAAUUGUCGAAAAUUGGCUGGGCAUAUUCUCCGUUUCAUGGUGGACCCAGGCAGUGCUUAGGGGAGGAUUUUGCGCUUAUGGAGGUCUCGUACACGAUCGUAAGAAUGCUACAGGCUAUUCCGAGUAUUACCUGGCCGGAGGAGGCCAUGGACGAAACAAUGGGUACCGAGAGACAGAGGUUGACCUUAGUGCUGUCGUGCGCAAAUGGGUGUAGAGUGAAAACAGCCACGGUCUAG